AUGGCCAACAACCAGCGACGCGUUUCUCCGCUUUGCGUGCUCCUCAUCUGCGCCCUCGCCUCCGCAACCGUCGUCGUCUACACCGUCUUUCCGGCCUCGCUGAGCCCAUGCGCCUACUCUCUGUCAAGGACGCUGCUCGCAGUCACUGGCCUCGACUCGUACGCCGCCUUCUGCACCGACGAAGCCACCACGCCGGAAUUGCUGUCCGACGGCGGAGGCCGCGCCGAAACUCUCGGCGGCGGGCCUAUUGUCACCGAGCUCCUGCAGUGCGGCAGGCCGAAGCUCCCGGCGAAGGCGAUCCCUCCCUACCAAUGCUGCCCGCCGGUGUCCGCGUCCGAACCAGUGAAGUUCACGCUCCCGGACGCGAGCGAGCCGCUCCGGACGCGGCGGCCGGCGCACGCGGCGGGCGCCGACCACAUGGCCAAGUACGAGCGCGCGGUCGCGCUGAUGAAGGCGCUGCCGCGGAGCGACCCGCGUAGCUUCUACCAGCAGGCCAACGUCCACUGCGCCUACUGCACCGGCGCGUACCGGCAGGUCGGCCACCCGGAGCUGGCCGUCCAGAUACACUUCUCCUGGUUCUUCUUCCCAUUCCACCGCGCCUACCUCUACUUCUUCGAGCGCAUCGCCGGGAAGCUGCUCGGAGAUCCCGGGUUCGCGUUGCCGUUCUGGAGCUGGGACGUGCCGGAGGGGAUGCGGAUGCCGCUGGCGUUCGCCAACGUGUCGUCGCCGCUCUACGAUCCAUUGCGGAACCCGAGGCACGCGCCGCCUAAGCUUGUGGACCUCGACUUCAGCAAGCUAGGGGAGAAGAACUUGACCGACGAGCAGCAGAUACAGCACAACCUCAGGAUCAUGUACAAGCAGAUGAUAAGCAAUGCUCCAUUAGCCUCCUUGUUCUAUGGCCAGCCAUUCCGUGCUGGUCAGGCGGACAAGCCAGGGGCCGGAACAGUGGAGAUCUACCCGCACAACACGAUGCAUACAUGGACCGGCGACAUAUCCCUGCACAACGUGGAGAACAUGGGCGUCUACUACUCCGCGGGCCGUGACCCGAUCUUCUACCCGUAUCACAGCAACAUCGACCGCCUCUGGGAGAUCUGGCGCGACACCACCACUGUGAGCGGCAGGCAUGGCCACGCUGCCACCGUCUUCACGGACCCUGACUGGCUCGACUCUUCCUUUCUCUUCUACGACGAGGAGGCCCGCCUCGUGCGCAUCACCGUCCGUGAUGUGCUCGACAUCGACCGGCUUCGUUAUGCGUACGACGACGACGGAGCUGGCACGCCAUGGCUCGACGCACGGCCUCCCCCUACCCCUGAUGUGAAUCGCGAAAGGAGAGGUGAGCUGCCGGAGUCCGUCAGGUUUCCGGUGCUCCUGAAUGCGACGGUAACAACGCCAGUAAGACGCCCAUCGGUGCUGCGAAGGGUGACGGAGAAUGUAGAUCUGGAGGAGGUUCUGGUGGUGGACGGCAUCGUGACCGAUGGCACGAGCACCGUCAAGUUCGACGUGUUCGUCAAUGCUAGGGAGCAUGAGAAGGUUGAGCUAGGCGGGCGGGAGAUGGCCGGUAGCUUUGUGUGCCUGAAGCACCACAUGAACGAUGGUGAAAAUGGAGAGGGGGUUGAGACCACAAUGAGGCUGGCACUAAGCGAGAUCUUGAAGGAUCUUGGUGCCGAGGAAGACGAGAGUGUUGCUGUGACGUUGGUUCCAAGGUAUGGAAAUGUUAGAAUUGGAGGCCUGAGAAUUGAAUACAUCGUGGGGGAGUAAGAUCACAACAUGAGAAGAAUUUUAUAGCUGCACAUAAAAAGUAUGGUAACCUGAGGUACAUUGUAACUUGAGAUACUAAAAAUUUAUAUUAAAAUUCUUGUUACAUCAAGGUAU